CAAAAGUGUCAGAAAUUAGCUUGGAACUCUUUUUUCCAAACAGUAGGACUCUGUUUUGUUUUUUUUUUCCCCACGAUGUUUGGUUUCUUCUUUAGUUUCGUGCAAAUCUCUACUUUUUAGGGAUCUUGUCCCUGUGUGCUGCUGAUUUAAACCUUCGGAUUUGAUUCUUUUUGACGAGAAAAGGGGAAAUUGAGAUGGUGAAUGGAGAAUUCACUAGCACGUCCUACUCUGAUAAUAACAAUGGCGCAAAUGAUCAAGGAGAUUUUGAAUGUAACAUUUGUUUUGAGUUAGCUCAAGAUCCGAUCGUCACUCUUUGUGGCCAUCUCUUUUGCUGGCCUUGCUUAUACCGUUGGCUUCACCACCACUCGCAUUCUCAAGAAUGCCCUGUAUGUAAAGCUGUGGUGCAAGAUGAUAAGCUGGUUCCUCUUUAUGGUAGAGGAAAGAACCAGACUGACCCGAGAUCAAAACAUUACCCGGGUAUGCGGAUUCCUAACCGACCAUCGGGUCAAAGACCCGAGACUGCUGCUCCUCCUCCUCAGCCUGAAGCGGCAAGUAAUUUUUUCAACUACGGUAUUGGUUUGAUGGGCGGGUUUAUGCCGAUGGCGACUACUAGGAUUGGGAAUUUCAGUAUGGGGUUUGGGGGUUUGUUGCCUUCUUUGUUUAACUUUCAGUUCCAUGGAUUUCCCGAUGCAACGCUUUAUGGUUCAGCACCGGGGUAUCCUUACGGUGGGUACCAUAAUGGUUUCCGUGGAGUUCCUACUCAUGGACAAGAGCGUCCUAUGGCUCGCGGAGCGAAUCAAAGCGAUACAAUGCUGAAGAAUCUCUUAAUUUUUGUUGGAAUUUGCGUUCUGAUAUUUCUUUGCUGGUAAGGAUCACAUUUGGUUUUAUUUCCAGGAUGCAGACAACAAUGUUCAUUGAAUAUUAUGAGUCCCUCAUGCUUUGGUGGUAUAAAAAUGUUGGGUCGUAGUGAGAAUCAAGAAAGGACCAAUCUAUUAUAGACACUUAUAUGAACAUAACUGAAUACAACUCAUUUUUAGGACUUAAGUUUUGUGUCGGUAUUGGUUGGCUCGUACUAUGCUUUGGACCGACUUAUUUAGUCAACAUAUGUCUGCAUCACUAAGAUUAUAAGGAACGAGACAGUAUUGAUUAGUUACUGUCGGAAUUGAAAACCA